AAGUCGGGGCACAGAGGAAAGUGCGGGCAAAGGUUAGGGUUGGAGACCGGAAUGGAUCCCCAUUCUCUCUAUCUCCCCCGACGCCGCCGUCUCGACUCGCCGCCCCCCAAAUCCUCGACCGGAGACAAAUCUCCUCCCUGUCAAUGGUCGCCACCAGAUCCUCCUCCUCCUCCUCCUCCAGGAGGAUUUGGAGGAGGAGCACCAGCAGCCGCAUCGGCGGCAACAAGAGCGACACCAGCAGCCGCAUCGGCGGCAACAAGAGCCGCAUCGGCGGCAACAAGAGCGACACCAGCAGCCGCAUCAGCGACGCCAUCAGCCGCAUCAGCAGCAUGCGCAUCACGGGCCGCAGCCGCAGCCGCAGCCGCAGCCGUAGCGUCAACAUCGAGCCACAGAUCUACGGGCCGACCAACUUCGAGGACGACGAGCUCGUGCUCAGCAGCGACGAGAUUUCCAAGUUGCAGUCGGAGCUUCGCGCCAAGAUCACCAGCUGCUACGCCCAGGUGAAGCUCCGCGGGCUCGUCGACGCCGGCUUCUGCUUCGGCCUCCUCAGCCCAGUCUCAAACAUCGUCGCCGGCGUCCUCAUCGCCGAGUCCGUCCAGGUCGACCCCGGCCACAAAGAGGAGGAGGAGGAGUCUAUCCCGCCGCUGCGUAAACCAGACCGGAUGGCGGACAUGAACCGGCGCUCGUUCCACGGCCUCGUCGUCUUCCUGACGGCCCUCUUCCCCCACCUCACUAACUCCAUGGCGAUAUGGUAUCUCAAUGAAUCCCAGCUGGAUCCCCUCGUCGCCGCCCACCUCAUCAUCAAGCGCCGCCGGAUGAGAUUCGGUUUUGCGUCCGACACCACCAUGGCCGCCAUGGAAAAGGCCCUCAGAUGUGCCGCGGCUGCCGCCCAGCACCCCAAUCCAGAGCAGUUCGCGCUAGGCUGGAAGUUGCUCUCAAAUUUUCUAAACAAGGUCGACAUCGUGCUGUCAGACCCCUAUGCCACCUCCGAUCCCUUUGCGUCCAUUGCCGUCAUACAAAUUCUGCUCGACAAGCCUCGGCCCUCAGUUUUUAGCCUGGAGAAAUCGUGGGACCUUGCCUCUACUCGCUUCGGCAAGCAGAGUCCAGACCUCUACUCAGUCUUAGGAGGGAACAAGGGCAAGCACAACAGUGUGCUCAAUGUGUUUCCUGAGAGGGCAGCCGUUUGGCGUAUGCUUCUUACCACCAUCCAUGGAUACUACCUGAAGGCACUUGCCAGGCUGCCCAAGGACAAGCUCCGCUCUUGCUACCACCACAGCUUGCUUCAGGCCGGCCACUGCUAUGGUCCGUUGGAUCCUGUCAACAAUAUCAUCGUCAAUACCAUCUGGUAUAGCCGAGCCUACCCUCUAAGAAAAAAUGUUGAGCUAGAUGCUAUCAGCACCAGAGGCCUUCUGCGAAUUGCUGUCCGAUCCUUAUAUGGUCUUGUCUCCUUUCUGUGCACCCGCUAUGCCACACACCUCACGCCUGAUGAAGCCAUUCAGCGACUGCAAGACGUUGGGGCUGAUCUCCGAUUUGCUGAUCCCAACUUCCUUGAUGAUGAUAGGAAUGAAGAUGCUAUCGUAUCUGCCACUAUCGAAAAAGCCUAUGCUGCUGCGGCUGCUGCCGCGCUACACCCUGAGCCUCAUGAUCAGAUAAUGCUUUUCAGGCCGUGUAAUUCAAUGUUGCGGAUGGCCUCAGAACGCCUCAAAGAUGAUGCCAUGCUCUCCCCUGAGAAUGCUGACCACCUCUCUGAAUCCUUGAUGUAUUCCUGCAUGUUAUCGGAACACCAGCAGCAGCCAGAAGCAAAGAUCAAUGUCCUAGACUGGUGGGCCUACGCAAGGGUGAAACAACGGAUAAACAAAUUCUGGGACCAGCAUGCUAGACUUGUCAUAAUGGUGACAUCUGCAAUGGACUUAUACAACCAGCAACCUGGGGUACCCAAGUACAAGCUUCAUGUUAUCUGCGGUGUCAAUGAGCAUGUUGAUGGCCCUGUGCGCAGGGGGCCUGGCAAAGGCUGGUACCGUUGCUCCCACAUCAACUUCCUUGCUACCCAUUCUGCGGGUACACCUCCAAUGCUCUUCUUUGCUGAAUGUCCCAACGAUGGCACCAAGGUGCGCUUGUGCUGUCCUGUGAGCGUGACACCUCCAGGCACUGAAGAAACACGUUGCAUGUACUGUGAGUACCAUGGUAGUAGGAUUGCACACCCAACAAGGGAGAGUUUCCGUGGGCGCGACAUCGAGUUUGAGAAGAUGCUAUGCGGAGAAGGGGUGUAUUCACAGUCAUUCAACAACAAUGGGAUCAUCGCACACAGCCGUGUGGCAAGUGGCUGUGUAGGUCCUGUGAUUGACGACUACAUCUAUGGCGAUUACCGGCUUAACGAUACACCUAUAAAGGCAGAGGACUUUGUACGCAUGUCAGAUGCUAAUGUGACCUUUGACUGAUUGAAGAGCUCGUGCCAAUGCAAGCAGCAUAUGUGACUGGAAAUGGUUUAUGUCUAGUAUGCUAGAGAAGGCCGCUUCCAUUGAUUAACUAAUGUCAUGCCAAAUACUUGUAAACCUUGUAUUUGCAUGAGUCAUGGUGAUUAGUAAGUAGAUGGAUGACUCGUGAUUGUUGGCCAUACUUAUGACUCAAAGAUUAUGGGCCAGGCUGUUGCAUAUCUGUCUCAAAAAUGGUGGUUCUACGUAA